AGCGCGCUUCCCUGCCUUCCUUCAAGGCUGUAGCAGAAAGGACCUAGUCUGUCAGAUUAGCUUUAUAUUUCGUUUAUUCUUUUUAUUUUAUACCUUUUUGACAAACGAGUGAUAAACCACUGCAGAUAUAUAAGUGCAUGUAGAGUAUUUUUUGGGGGGCGUUAAUUUAAUGCUUUUUUUUUUUUUUAACGCUUCGCAGGUCUAUAGUUAGCAAGAGCACUUCAAGAAGGCUGUAUCUCUAAUAGGUCCUGAUUGGGCCGCUAGUGCACUAGAUAGGGCGCGGACGCCAUUUAUAGGGCGCUUACAUAGGGAACGUGCAGCGAUUUGGAAUUCGGCCUGGCUUUAUUUUUUUGCUAGGACGUGAACAGUUAGAUUUGAGCUCCCGUUCGUGUCAGAUAUCAGAUCUAGAUCAGAUUUUGGAGCCCCAGUCAUGGAUUUGAAGGACUUUGAGGCGGAUAAUUCGGUCAGUUGUAGGUUGUCCUCUCCUGUCCCUGACCUGUGCAGGACUGAAGACUGCUGUCUGGGUAUUGAUGAGGCAGGAAGAGGUCCAGUUCUGGGUCCUAUGGUGUAUGGAAUCUGUUUCUGUCCUGUAUCCAAAAAGGAGGAUUUGAAGAACCUGAAAGUCGCAGACUCGAAGACGCUGAGCGAGGCAGAAAGAGAGAGUCUGUUUCUGAAGCUGGACAAGGCAAAGAGCUAUGUGGGCUGGGCUCUUCAGAUUCUCUCACCCAAUACCAUCUCAACCAGCAUGUUACAGAGGGCGAAGUACAAUUUAAACGCUUUGUCUCACGAUGCCGCUAUCGGACUGGUGCAGUACGCGCUGGACUGCGGAGUGCAGCUCAAAGAGGUGUUCGUGGACACCGUAGGCCCGGCGCAGAAGUACGAGGAGAAGCUGUCUCAGCGUUUUCCCGGGGUGCAGGUGACCGUACGGCCCAAAGCCGACUCGCUCUUUCCCAUCGUCAGUGCCGCCAGCAUUUGCGCUAAGGUGGCUCGAGAUCAUGCAGUGAAAGACUGGAAGUUUGCAGAAGAUCUAGGGGACGUGAAUAACGAUUACGGCUCUGGAUACCCUAACGACCCGAAGACUAAGAGCUGGCUGCUGAAGUAUUUGGACCCAGUAUUCGGUUAUCCACAGUUUGUACGUUUCAGCUGGAGCACAGCACAGACUCUACUCGACAGCAAAGCGGUCCCGGUGCACUGGGACGAUGACGAGGACGGAGAGAAAGCAGCAGCUCGACAGAACAACACGUCCGUGCUGUCGUACUUCAGCCGCAGCAAACCCGCCAUCGACACACACACACGAGACCACCACCGCUUCUUCACCGAGCGCAGAUUACAGAGCAUCGACACACUCUAAACACACACAUACACACAGAUUCGUAAUGCGCGCACACACACACACACAAAUUGUCGACUGUAAAGCAACUCUGUGAAGGUUUUCUUUAACAAAUUGUUGUAUUUUUAUAGCAAUUUUCAUUUUCAAGCAAUAAAAUGUGGAUUUUUUUA